AUGGAAGACUUUUACAACAACCCGUUCCGCUGUGACCCGGAAAUGGAUGAGGUGUGCUACGCUAGUGUGCAAUUUCUCUCCUCGGAGACGUCGCCGGUGGAGACGGAGCGUUUCAGGGACAACGAUUUUCUUAGUGUGUCCUCGGCUCUCCGUUUCCAGACGCAGCUGAGUGAGGCGCUGCGAGCCAAUAGCACGCUUCGAAACACCUACGAGGCCCACAUUGCGACGCAGCGAAGGGAGAUUGACCGCCUUGGCGAGGAAAACAACGAGCUUCAGAAGAAGUUGACGCGGAUGGAGUCGCAGCUGCGGUCUCUUUCUUUGGAGAAGGACUGCUCGGCAAUGGCGUACAAGCGGGAGAGUGAGAAGAACGUGUUGUUAGAGGAGAAAGUCACAGCUCUAGAGGAGGAACUGAACUCGCUGGAGCGACGCACGCGGGAUCUGAGGGCCGCGUACUGCAGAUCCCCUCAGCACUCGGAUGGACAUGGCACGCCUCUCUCCCAGCUCCGCUCCCACGGUCUGCAGCAAUCACAGUACAGUCAUCGGCAGGAGCAACGCACGCCGCCGUCGCGUAGGAGUGAGAGCGCUCUGUACUCACCGUGUGUCAGACGCUUGGUCUCGGAGCGGAGCACGCGACCUGGGGAGGCAGAAGACUGGUGGGCCGCUGAAAGUGCGGCGCCGUCUAGGCGACCGGAGACGGUUAAUAACGUGAAAACAGGAGUGGCGAGGAGUGCCGUAAAUACCCCCGCAAAGGCCACUUCCUACCCCACCCCAAUGAGCGAUGAAGAGCGGUAUGCGGCUGUGAAGGAGUUAGAGAAGCGUUUGCUGCGAGAACUCCAGGCGAAGGAGGAGAUAGAAGAAAAGUUGCAGAAGAUAGAGGCCACAAGGAUUCGCUCUGGUGCCGAAAGGGCGAAGAAGAUUACAUUGGAGAGAGAUUUGAUUGCCGCCCAACGAGCUGUAGGGGAAAUCCGAACGAGGCUUAGGACGCUUGCCGCACUGGUGCGAUAA